AUGUUUGACGGCGUGCCAAGGGGCUGUGUUGUUGUGGGCCGGGGCUGGCAAGGUGCAGGGAGUGCCAAGUUGUUCCAGCAGAAGCUCUGAAACCUGAGACUGAGAGAAAUCUCCUGUACGUAUCAGACCGGGGGCCGCAGGUAACUGACACCCCCAGCAGGGGACACAGAUUUACUGCAGAACCUUCUGUGCUUGACCCGACAGGAAUCUCAGCACCGUCCUGUUCCAGCGCCAAGCCGAGAUGCCUCGCCAUUUCCCACGCCUGAGUAUCAAUGAGGUGGACGAACAAGUGCGGCUUUUGGCCGAGAAAGUAUUCGCCAAAGUUCUCAGAGAAGAGGACAGCAAAGAUGCCUUCUCUUUAUUCACUGUCCCCGAGGACUGUCCCAUUGGGCAGAAGGAGGCCAAGGAACGGGAGCUGGAGAAGGAACUCGCGGAGCAGAAGUCGGCGGAGACUGUUAAAAGGAAGAAAAGCUUUAAGAUGAUCCGAUCCCAGUCGAUGUCCCUGCAGAUCCCCAGUCACGACUGGAAGAUCCCCACAGUGUCUCCCGUGGCAUCGCCAGUCUCCCCAAUUGAACCAGAAGCCCCAGUCUUUCGGGGCCCAGCGCCGGCCGCCCCAGUGCCAUACGAUGGGCCGGAAUUUCAGAGAGUCACAAUUUGUGGAGAUUACUGUGCGGGGGUAACAGUAGAUGACUAUGAGCAGGCAGCCACGAGCCUGGCUAAAGCCCUGAUUAUCAGGGAGAAAUACUCCCGGCUGGCGUACCAUCGCUUCCCCCGGACCACGUCCCAGUACCUCUGCACCAUGAACGGAACAGAAAGCUGGAAAAUGGAGGAUGAAGUCUAUCCAGAGUUUAACCCCCCUCCCGGCGACAGAGAGGACCCCUAUAACCUGGAGAAUGUUCCCCCCAACCUCCACUACGUGGUGAUGAUGAAAGGGGGGAUCCCUUACAUUUACGAUGACAAAGCCAAGAUGGCGGCCAACGAGCCCCGCAGUUUGCCUUACCCGGACCUGGAGACCUACACGCUGGACCUCAGCCACAUAUUGGCCCUAAUUGCCGACGGGCCGACGAAAACCUACUGCCACCGGCGGCUGAAUUUCCUGGGCUCCAAGUUCAACCUCCACGAGAUGCUGAAUGAGAUGGCGGAACUGAAGGAGCUGAAGAGCGUCCCGCACCGCGACUUCUAUAACGUCAGGAAGGUGGACACUCACAUUCAUGCCGCCGCCUGUAUGAACCAGAAGCACCUGCUGAGAUUUAUCAAGCACACGUACCGCACGGAGCCCGACCGGGUGGUGACGGAGCGGAACGGGCAGGGGGUGACCCUGAAGGAGCUGUUUGAGGGACUCCACAUGGACCCCUACGACCUGACUGUCGACUCUCUGGAUGUGCACGCUGGGAGGCAAACGUUCCACCGAUUCGACAAAUUCAACGCCAAAUACAAUCCAGUGGGAGCCAGCGAGCUCCGCGACCUCUAUCUGAAGACCGAGAAUUAUAUCGGCGGGGAAUAUUUUGCUCGUAUUAUAAAGGAGGUUGCCCAAGAGCUGGAGGAGAGUAAGUACCAGUACACGGAGCCGCGCUUAUCUAUAUAUGGCCGAGCACCAGAAGAAUGGGACAGUUUGGCAAAAUGGUUCAUCAAACACAAACUGUAUUCACCCAACAUGCGCUGGAUGAUCCAAGUCCCCCGAAUAUACGACAUUUUUAGAUCGAAGAAAAUCCUCCCCGAUUUCGGCAAAAUGAUGGAGAAUAUUUUCCUGCCUCUGUUCGAGGCCACAAUCAACCCAACGGAUCACAAGGAGCUCUAUCUCUUCCUCAACUAUGUUACGGGCUUCGACAGCGUCGACGACGAAUCCAAACACAGCGAUCACAUGUUCAGCUACAAGAGCCCCAACCCGGAUGAGUGGUGCCACGAGCAGAACCCCCCAUAUAGUUACUAUCUGUACUUCAUGUACGCCAACAUCAUGCUGCUCAACAACCUGCGCAAGGAGAGAGGGAUGAGCACAUUCCUGUUCAGACCCCACUGCGGGGAGGCCGGUUCCAUCACUCACCUCGUCUCCGCGUUCAUCACAGCCGACAACAUCUCUCAUGGGUUAAACCUUAAAAAGAGUCCGGUUCUGCAGUACCUGUAUUACCUGGCCCAGAUUCCCAUUGCCAUGUCCCCACUCAGCAACAACAGCCUCUUCCUGGAAUAUUCCAAGAAUCCACUGCGGGAAUUUCUACACAAGGGGCUCGUGGUGUCUCUGUCCACUGACGAUCCAAUGCAGUUCCACUACACCAAGGAGGCGCUGAUGGAAGAAUACGCCAUCGCAGCCCAAGUGUGGAAACUGAGCACAUGUGACCUGUGUGAGAUCGCGAGGAACAGCGUGCUACAGAGUGGCCUCUCCGACAAGGAAAAGAAACAUUUCUUGGGGAGCAAUUGCUCGAAAGAAGGCCCCGAGGGGAACGAUAUCAGCAGAACCAACGUGGCGCAGAUCCGUAUGGCCUACAGAUACGAGACUCUAUGUAACGAGCUGAGCUUCUUGGCCGACGCUAUGAACUCCCCACACCUCACUGGUGCUAAACCGUAAUGGACUCGGAGCCACAAAAACCCCUCCUCCUCCCCGGAACUCCUGUGCCUCGCACACCCCCCCCCAUCAUGGGUCCACCCAUGUAUUAUCUCAAUGUUCUCUCAACUAUGCUGCCUGACAAACACUUUGACAUUUUAUUCUCCGCACCGUGCCGCUCUCCAUCUGUUGAAGAACUACACCUCCCAGCAUCCCCCUGCAAGCUGUAGUUCUGCAACACUUAGAGGGGAAGCCAGUCUCGACACACGCAAUGCUUUACACGAAAGAGCCGCUAGUAACAUUUAUAGUUAUCUGUGUAACUAUUUCAGGUGCUUAUCGGAACCAAAAAUAACUGUGAUAAGGCUUUGAUCACGGGUGCCGCCAUUUUGUUACACCCACUUCCUGCAACUCAAAACAAAAAUGGAGGACAGUACAUUGCAAGGAGAUUGAUGAAAAAAAGGUUAAAUAACACACCACAGGGUUUGGAAAUGUCUAUGUAGACACUGAGACAGGCUAAGAUAUUAGGUUCAAUCACAUUUACCACAUUAUUGGGUCAUUACAUGUAAAUUUUAAGAACUGGGGGAUAAAAUAAUAAUUUUGACAGGUGGCUAGAAUUUUCUUUAGACUCUAUUAUAUAUUUCACAAGUUGGAAUUGAAUAUCUAUAUCUAUAAAUAUAUAUAUGUUUGUUUCUAAUACUCAGAGUGCAUUACUACAGGCAUAGAGCUCUACCCUCAUACUAAGGGCAGCAGUAUGGCAGCUCCUACUCUUAUGUAUAAGCACAAACGGACAUUUACCGCAGCUAGGAAUGGAACAUAAUCACUACCAAUUACGUGGACAUAAAUAAAUAAGCCCCGCCCAGCAGUGAGAUCAUAUGCAUGCGUGGCCCCCACAUAGCCCGCACAGCUGGGAUAUAGCAUCCUGCCAUGUAAGUCCUAUGUACUGUGAGGAAGAAGUUUCCCAGGGUCUUUAGCAUCAGGUGCUUGGGGUAUUUACAGCCAUUCCCUCGGGGGCUGUUGCUAUUUUCACGUCGGGGGAGGGGGAUGGAAAUGCUCGUAACCCGUGUAGCUAUUUAGGAUCUCCCCCCACCCCACAUCCUAUGCCAAUUUCAAUCUCCGCAUAUAUAUAUAUAUUGUGACACUGCCAGUGUUACCCAAGCACUUUCUAUGUUCCUUUCCGGAUGGAUAUUCGAGCGGGUUCGAGCAGGAACAGUCUGGGUUUUUUUUGUUUUUCCUUGCAUUAUGUUUACAGUUGUACUAUAAGUCUAUCUAUUUUUUGUAACCUAUACGUUUGGAACACAUUUAAUAAAGCUGGUGCCACAACUG